GCGAGCGCGGCUCGGGCCGCGGUCCAUGGCCCCGACGGGAGGAGCGCUGCCCGCACCCGCAUCCGUAUCCCGGCGUCCGGCCUGAGCGGACCGCGCGGCGCAGCCACCCUGUCCUGGGCUUGGGAUUAGCUUGCAGAUCUUCUUCAUGGAAGCGAUGUCUCCACAGCAGGAUGGUCUAGGGGGGCAGCCGGGGCGCUCCUCCUCGCUGACAGGGAUGUCUCGCAUCGCGGGAGGCCCAGGCACCAAGAAGAAAAUGAAAACACUAGCAGAAAGAAGGAGGAGUGCCCCGUCCCUUAUCCUGGACAAGGCCUUGCAGAAGCGGCCAAGUACGAAAGACAGUCCCUCUGCUAGCAUCGACACGUGUGCGUUUCUGUCAUCAUUCAUGAGCUCCAGUAGGACUCUGCUGAUUGAUGGGCCAGUGGAACUUCAAAGAGGCCUGCAGAGGCAGGAGCGGCAUCUUUUCCUAUUCAAUGACCUGUUUAUUUCAGCCAAAAUCAAAUAUAACAACAAUUUUAAGAUAAAAAAUAAAAUCAAGUUGACUGACAUGUGGACAGCAAGCUGUGUGGACGAAGUGGGAGAAGGCAACAUGAACGCUCUGAGGUCCUUUGUCCUGGGCUGGCCCACAGUGAACUUUGUGGCCACUUUCAGCUCUCCAGAACAAAAGGACAAAUGGCUCUCUCUCCUCCAGAGAUACAUCAGUCUAGAAAAAGAGAAGGACUAUCCGAAGAGCAUUCCCCUCAAAAUCUUCGCCAAGGACAUUGGGAACUGUGCCUACUUUAAAACCAUAACAGUGAUGAACUCAGACACAGCGAAUGAAGUUAUCAACAUGUCACUACAAAUGUUGGGGAUAACUGGUUCCGAGAGAGAUUACCAGCUGUGGGUGAAUUCAGGAAAAGAAGCAGCUCCGUACCCACUUAUCGGACAUGAGUACCCUUAUGGAAUUAAAAUGAGCCAUCUCCGAGACACUGCCCUCCUGACACAAGGAUCCAAAGACUCAGCCACCGCAUCCCAGCUCCAGGAGCCUUUCCUCAUGGAACAGCUGCCACGGGAGAUGCAGUGCCAGUUCAUCUUGAAACCCAGCCGCCUGGCGACAGCCCAGCAACUGAGCGACUCCGGCCAGAAGACGUUUAAACGAAGGCGCUCUAUCAUCAACUGGGCUUUUUGGAGGGGUUCCAGCACUCACCUGGACAACCUGCCCAUGUCACCGACAUCCCCUAUGCCAGGACAGCUCUUUGGAGUUGCUUUACCAGAUAUUUGUGAGAAUGACAAUCUACCAAAACCCAUCUUGGAUAUGCUUUUCUUCCUUAACCAAAAAGGCCCUCUCACCAGAGGCAUCUUCAGACAGUCGGCUAAUAUGAAAUCCUGCAGAGAACUGAAAGAGAAACUGAAUUCUGGAAUUGAAGUCCCCCUUGACUGUGAGUCAAUCUUCGUGAUAGCGUCUGUGCUGAAGGAUUUUUUGAGAAAUAUCCCGGAAAGUAUUUUUUCAUCAGAUCUGUAUGAUCGCUGGGUCUGUGUAAUGGAUCAAGGAAAUGAUGAAGAAAAAAUUAACACAAUUCAAAGGCUAUUAGAUCAGCUUCCCAGAGCCAAUGUUGUUUUCCUAAGGUAUCUGUUUGGGGUAUUACACAACAUUGAACAACAUUCCUUAUCUAAUCAGAUGACUGCAUUUAACUUAGCAGUGUGUAUCGCUCCAAGCAUUCUUUGGCCUCCUACUUCCUCCAGCCCAGAACUAGAAAAUGAAUUUACAAAAAAGGUUUCACUUCUUAUACAAUUUCUGAUUGAAAAUUGCUGUAGGAUAUUUGGAGAAGAAAUCACUUCUCUCUUGGGGGAUCUCCCUGAGAGAAGCGACAGCAGAGAACACACCUCAGAUACAUCUUGUUUCCAAAUGAACGACUCCUCUUACGACAGCUUGGAAAAUGAGCUCAAUGAGGAUGCUGAUGCUCCGUGCAGUGACCUGGUGACAAAACUUGGCCAGGGGAGCAGAAGCAUGGACUCCGUCUUAACCCUCAGUGACUAUGACCUUGAACAGCCUGAGGUGGAAGGCCUUUUAACUCUGAGUGAUUUUGACUUAGAUCAGUCUAAAGAUGAACACAUUCAAAUGAAACAACCUCUGGAGUCCAAGCCUGUGAAUGUUUUUGUACCCUAUAGGAAAGUUUCACUGGGGGAGCACACUAGGGCCCCAGCUGGCCCAGGUACACCCAGCUGCCUGCCUGUGGCUGCAGCAAAUGCCCCCAAAGUCCUGCGGCGGCACCGGCGCUGCUCAGAGCCCAGUAUCGACUAUCUCGACACAAAGCUCUCUUAUCUCCGAGAGUUUUACCAGAAAAAGCUGCGCAAGUCCAGCUGCGAUGCUGUGCUUUCUAGAAAGGAUGAAGAUUACCUAAAGCAGACCCAGCCCCCGAAGAAAGGGGGUAAGACGUGUUUUAGACAGAGUUCAGUCACGGGCACUGACAUCAGCAAGAAAAAUGCUACUAAUGAACACAUUAAAAAGAAAAGCUUGUCUGGUCACGAAGGAAAUCAAGUGACACCGUUAGCUAAGUCCAAGCCAGUGGCCAUUUCUGUGGCCUCUUACAGUCACACAUCCUCCCAGGACCGGUCCAGGAAGCAACCCUUUGAUGCAGAUACAUGCAGAUUCUCCCCACCACACAUGGGAGACGCCAGGAAGAGCUCGCAGGUACAUCGGCGCUGUUCCGAACCCAGCAUAGAUGACCAAAACUACAAACUGUCCUAUCUCAGGGGGAUCUAUUCAAAGAAACAACACAAAAGCAGCUGGGAGACUGGCCUCUUGCAUGAGGAAGAGGACUAUCUCAGAAGGCACAAGUCUUUGCAACUCGAGGGGCAGAAGCUCAUCAACCAGAGCCUGGUCAUGGGGAUUGAGGUGGGCAAGAGCAGUGGCACACACCAAAGCACUGAGAAGGCCUUGCCCCCAAGACUCAACCUCUGCCCAAGGGCUAGCUAUUCUAGUUUAUCUUCCCCAGGCACGUCCCCAUCCGGCUCCUCGGUAAGCUCCCAGGACAGCGCUUUCUCUCAGAUCUCUGAACACUCUGUGUUUACUCCCACCGAAACUUCCUCUCCAGUAGAUUGCACUUUUCAGGCUCAGAGAAAGCAGGAAGAAGAGCUGUCCACUGACUGUGACAGUCCCGCCCUCGUACCUGGAAUACCUGGUCCCUCCACGGGGCAGGCCAGCAGUCAUCUAACUUAUUUAAGAAAGGGUCCCGUGGAGCAGCCGUCACACAUGCAUUCUGUGACUGUUCACCCCAGCGCAUGGCUGAGAAGUGGUUUGGUCACUUUGAAGAACUGGUCCCUCAAAAAGAAAACAAGAGCAGCCAGACCAGAAGACAGGAAGAUCUGUUCCCUGAAAGAACCUUUGGGGUUCCCUCCACAUGCUCCUGGUACUCCAGAGGCAGACCCUCUGCAAGAGAGUCAGGAUGACAUACACCUAAGGGCACAUGAAGGACCUGGAGUUGCACAGACGGCCCGUGGGUACGGUUUCUGUGCCGGCCAGGACUCUGGGCAACACUCCACCUCUCCGCUCCACCUGCUGGAAGGCAGACUCAAGCUUGGUAUGAAGUUGCAGGAGGGAGAAGAGAGCGUAGGGCAGCACUCUUCUGACAGCCCCUGGGAAGGAGCCUCAGCAAAUCUGGAGAUUGUGGAGGAUGUGACCAGCCCAGAUACAGAACCUACAACAGCCUGCGAUGCUGGGGACAGACAUUUAACCAAAGACAGUGACCUGCAAUAAGAAUAUUAUAUCAAAAUAAAUUAUCCGAUAUCUUUAAGAACAGGAACCGGGCUAAUGAAAACAAGGAUAGUAACUAGUAUAACCCCCUUUUCUAAGACACCUGGGGUAGGUAGCAUGAGGACAAUCAUUGCUAAUACGACAGUUUCUUUGUUAAGAUUAUGUGGUAAAAGCUGGUUUAAAAGUUUCAUCAUCUAAAGUUCCGAAAGGCUUCCCUAUUAAAGCAUUAAGUUAGUCCUUUUCUGAGACAUUAGGAUCCUGACAGAAGGGUAGAAGAGGUGUCCUUCAUUUAGGCCUCCUUGUCUCAAGAGUCUGUGAGCUAGCUGUCUUGAAGGACCAGAGCACUUUAAAUGAAGCCGUAGUGACACAGAGAGGAACGAUAGAGAGAAGCCAUCUUUAUGCCGUGGAACAAGCAGGCAAGACAAGGGGCUCCUGAGCCAUUCGGGAAAGCGUGUACAUUCACUAAGGAAGCCAUAUAAAACCUGAAUCCAAGCCCGUGGCUUUCUCUAGUCAUGUGUCGCCACCAGGGUCACUUUAUGGACCAGCUUGUUGAUAAAGGCAGAGUAGAGAAAACCAGUGGUUAAAGAGCUAUGGGUGCCGGGACAGCACAGCUUUGUAAUUGGGUGGCUUGGUUAAUUGUUUUUCUAUUAGGGUUGAAUUUAUUCACAUCUUGAAGAAAUGUUGAUGUAAAGACAAAGAAGGACGUUUGCUCACUUUGGUGUCCUUCACACAGUGCCUGUGAUAAAAAAAAAAUGUAUCUUAUCCCUAUUUAAAAAGGGCCCUGCUGACAACAUUUGCUCUAGUAAUGUAGAAAAAUAGCCAUAUAAGAAUUAGAGAAAUGAUUUUUUAACUUUCCCUGGCUGACUAAUCUCAGAGGCAAGGCUACAGAGAAACUGGAGAUGCCAUCUUUUCUGCCAUGUUGAUAGCAACAUUUGUGUAAUCAAGAAAAGCUGCUUAUUGAUGGUUAUUAUGCUUAUUAUGUUGAUGGUAAUUCAGAAAAUGUGUGUAGAAAUGUAUCCAGGCAGAAAGUUGGAUCCUUCGAUACUUAAGAUGUCACAGAAAGGCCGUUGACUUAGACUUAAUGGCAGGUUAUCACAUGAAACUUUUCCCUAUCAAUCACCCCGCGUUUUGAUUACUGGCAGUUUCCUGAAAUGACAUUGCCUUCCUGGUUCCACAAGUAUUAUCUGUCAAUAUGGCACCACUGCGGAGAUGUUUCUCUGCAGCACUGCUUGUCAGAGUCAACCAAAAGGAGCACAUGAACAAUUGUUAAUUACCCUUUCACUCUAGAGAUCGCUAUCGAUUAGAGAUUGACAGGAUGUAGGGUUAUUAUUGAGCAGAACACACAACAAAGAUGCUGUUGGGCUGUCUCCGAUGCUCACUGCCUUUCUUGCCAAAGUUCUCCAUCUUUUCCAAAUGGUUUGUGGAUUAUAAAUAUUAAAAGUUUAGACCCCAGAAAUUUAUCUUGAACAUCUCUCCUCUCUUUUUACCUUCAAGGCUACACCCAGCAUGUUUUCCUCCCUAGGGGUAAGAUCUUGUCUGCCAGGAUGAAAUGGAGGAUACAUCCUAAAAUAGAUGUGCAUCCUCCUUCAUUUGAGAUACUCACCUAUUAGAAGUUGCCUGAGUCUACGUGAUCUCAUGAAUCCACUGUAGAAAGGACUUUUCACUCAAAAACUAGUUUAUCCCAAAUUAUUUUCCCUGCCAGCCACCAGGAAACUCAUGGCAGAUCUUGUUCCCUUCUCCCAAACAUUGCAUUGCGGGUCGUAGGAUAAGAACCUAAGUAUUAGCUGUAGAAAUGCCACCUACCUCUCAGCGGCAUGGCCCUGUUUGCCCUAAUCAUAAUUAACUUUUAGAACUCUGUGUCCAAAGAGCCUCUUCACGACACUGGCAAUCUCAAUCAGCUGUGAACUAGAUCCCACCUUAUAACCCACCACUUCCAUGUGAAGACUCCUAAGUAUCCAUAUGUAUCUUUUGUGGUAUUGAUAGAUAAAAUUAGCAGGACGACCCUUCCCUUUAGGGCAUACUACUGUCAGAACUGCAAGAAGUGAAUGAAGAUCUUAGGACUUCGAAUGUCUCUCUGGAAGAAAUGCAUCCUGAACACGCUAAAGAGUUCUGGCUUUUCUUGUCCUUUUAUAAUGGCCAGUAGAAAAUUGUCCACCCAGUUUGAAGCAUAGAAGAAAAUAGUUGGUAAGGUUCUCCAUCAACCAUUCCGACGCUGUUUCCUUAUAUGCUCCCGCGAUACUCAAUGUGAAUAGUCUGUUAAUAUUGCUGUAAAGUAUUAUAUGAUUUGAACACAAACAUGUCAUUUUAUUAGACUCCAUCAAUCUAUAAUAUAUUAGACUGAUUCUUUAUCUCAAAUGCUAUGAGUUUGUAUAAUAUAUCUUGACAAAUUUUAUUACUGUGUUAUGUAACAAAAUGUGUAUUUUUGUACCUUGCAGAAACUGCUGCUAACUUUUAAAUUGUUUGGUUUUCAAGGCACUGAUAAUGGGCAUGAACAAGUCCAUGCUGUGUGUUAAAUAAAAUGUCAUCCUGCAGUUAACAGGCCCACAGAGAAACGCUGACUGCGGAGAGUUCUUUCGCUCGGCAAGCCUGAGCACCCUUUGAACAUUUCAUACACAAUGAGUUGUGGCCUUAAGUUUUUACUCAUAGUUUUUCUAGGGGAACAAAAGAGUGAAAUUGUUUUUCCUUUUUAUAUUUUUAAAUCUUGUUUACCAAAUAAGUUAUGCUUUAUACAUAACAGUCCCCCAUUUUGUCAGAAAUUGUGUUUUUUCAUUGUAUUUCUGUAGCAAUGUGGACUAGUUUGUCCAUAUGCUAAAAGAAAUAUCAGCUCAAUUUGAUUAAUUUGAUUGUGUGUAUGAUAUUAUUUCAUUUUUAGGCCAUUCAGUUGACUUCCUACACACACCAGGAUAUCUGUGCUUUGGAGGUAAUUUAUGAAGUAUGACAUUUCUCAUGACUACUAGAUCCCUGACUUGAGCUUUAUCACGUGGUCUCUGUAUAAGUUCAACUACUGUUUUCAAGGAAUUCAGCAGCUAGAAAAACAGAUUUGUUAGGUAGGAAUGACAAAAACACUUUCACAAAUGGUAUUGAUUGUAUUUCUACAAUGUGCACACACUAAAUUCUAUCUAAAUUUUAGAGAAAAAUAGAAACUUACUUUUAAUGAGGACUCAAUUGAAUAUUUUAGUUAAAUAUUUUCUUUAUAGUCUACUUUGCAUGUCAUAACACUGAAUCAGAAGGUUCUAAUUUGUCAGCCCAACAAAGAUCUUUCUGUUUUUGUUUUUUUUUAAAAAAGCCUCCAGUAAUUUUUUUAUACUGUGAAUAAUAAAUUUGGGUAAAGCA